AUGGAUUCAAACAAUUUAUCCGACUGGAACACCUUUUACAACGAAUGUGUUGAGGAUUUUAUGAAUGACACGUUAGUUGAAUUUAUGAUGCAGCAGGAGAUGGAGUUCUAUCAACAAAAACAUGCCAACACUAUUAGGCCCAAGCGAACAAGAAGAGUAAUAAAGAGAGAUCGUGAAGAUGGCAACGAGCGGUUGUGGAAGGACUACUUCUCUGAAAAUCCUGUAUACACGGAAGAGCUUUUCUGCCGAAGGUUUCGAAUGCGAAAGGAUGUGUUCCUCAGAAUUGUAGAGGCCCUUGGGUCUCAUAACUCGUACUUUUUAAUGGUUGUUGAUGCAGUUGGAAGACAAGGCCUGUCACCAUUACAAAAGUGCACCGCCACUAUUCGUAUGUUGGUGUAUGGAUCACCUGCUGACAGUGUUGACGAGUACGUUCGAAUUGGUGAAAGUACCGCAAUUGAGUGCUUAAAGAAUUUUGUAGAAGGUUCUAACAAUGACAUUAAUGUGCUAAACCAAUCUCCCGUGUUUAAUGAGGUUUUGAGUGGAGAUGCUCCCAUGGUGAAAUUUAAAGUGAAUGAAACAAUGUAUCACAUGGGAUACUAUCUAGCAGACAGUAUCUAUCCCGAGUGGGCAACAUUUGUGAAGACCAUCCCAAUGCCACAAGGAGAAAAAAAGCAAAAGUUUGCCAAAAUACAAGGAGCAGCAAGAAAGGACGUUGAGCGUGCAUUCGGAGUGCUCCAAUCUCGGUUUGCGAUUGUCAAUAAUGACAUAUCGGAUGCUGAAGUAUUAAGCGGUCCUAUUCCCGCUUUUAGAACUAUGUUGGAAAGGAUAGCACAUCAAAUUGAAAGGUCAAUCCAUCGCCAACUUCAAGCAGACUUGGUGGAGCAUAUCUGGGACCUUCCUGAAAACAAGAAUAAUGAAACUUAA